AUGGAACAUCUCAUCGUGAAUGAAACCGCGUGGCUACUUAAAGAUCGCAUUGAAGUGGUAUCUGCGGAAACAUUCCUGAAGAGCAACUUCCAGUCUAAAAGCAUGGAUGCCAGUCGGAAAACCAUGGAGGAGAAAGUCUCACACUUUCAUAACCUCUCUUUUCGUUCGCACGAUUUAAAAGAGAAGGAGAUGUAUCAACCGCUGGGCGUUCAUUCUCCACAUUGCUUUAGGAUUGAUUCCUCCCGCUUUUCAGUUGAGGCAACGACUGGAAUUCACACGAAGAUGGCCCCGGACCUCUUCAUCACCAACAGUUACCAACGUUCCAUAGGUCAUAAUCCAACAUUGAAUAAGGAUGCGCCGUUUCUAUGUGACGGCCUCUGUGUUGAAGUCAAGGCGCAGGAUUCUUGGGACCCGAAUUUGAUAUGGACCGAGGCCUCAGGGAAGACACAGUUUCAGUCUCCCCUGACGAAGAACCAAAA